CGCCUCUCGACUCACCACCUCGAUGAAUCCGGCACCAGAGCGACUCUUUAUCAAUGGACUCUGCCAGAACUAGUGGACCCAUCUGCGGCAUCGAAAAUUGCCGCUCUCGAGUCUAUGAAGAGGGUGAAGACGGGUACCUCUACUGUGAAAACGGACAUAGGAAAGGAGAGCUCGUUGUCGGGCAAGACGAUGACGAUUUCACCACUGCGGCUCGACAGAAGACGCGUGCACAGAACCCCGAAGAUGAGUCUGAGAGGGUGUACCAAUGUGCGUUGUAGUUUUCGACUUGAUAGCACUCAUUCAGAUCUCAUUACUCAGGCUAUCAUGUUCUGUUCGAGGAUAUUUUGCGUGCGGGACUAUUCCGCAGUCGAGUCCAUGUUCCAUAGAUGCAUAAAUCUGUCUUUGGUGGGACCUGCUAAUCCGAAAUUUAAAUGUAGACUUCAAG